UUUUUUACAACACUUUUUUUUAGAUAUGUAUACUUCCUGAUAAGCAGAGAUGAUGUAAUAGUGGCCUAUUAAGGGCAGAGAAAAAAAGAAAACAAAGUAGAAGAUCAUGGCAAGUUCAGACUGGGGAUAUGAUGGCAAAAACGGUCCUGAACAAUGGAGCAAGUCAUACCCAAUUGCUGAUGGCAAUAACCAGUCUCCUAUUGACAUUAAAACUGGUGAAACCAAACAUGACACCUCCCUGAAACCUAUCAGUGUCUCCUACAAUCCAGCCACUGCCAAAGAAAUUGUCAACGUGGGACAUUCCUUCCAUGUAACUUUUGAUGACAAUGAUAACCGAUCAGUGUUGAAAGGCGGCCCUCUCUCUGAUGUCUACAGGCUCUGUCAGUUUCAUUUUCACUGGGGCAGCACAAAUGACUAUGGUUCUGAGCACACAGUGGAUGGCGUCAAAUAUUCUGGCGAGCUUCACAUAGUUCACUGGAAUUCUGCUAAGUAUUCCAGCUUUGCUGAAGCUGCCUCAAAGCCUGAUGGUUUGGCAAUUAUUGCUGUUUUGAUGAAGGUUGGUCAGGGCAAUCCAAAGCUGCAGAAAGUACUUGAUGCCGUAAGUGCAGUUAAAACUAAGGGCAAACGAGCCCCAUUCACAAAUUUUGAGCCCUCUAUUCUCCUUCCUUCAUCCCUGGAUUACUGGACCUACUUUGGCUCUCUGACUCAUCCUCCUCUUUAUGAGAGUGUAACCUGGUUCAUCUGUAAGGAGAACAUCAGUGUCAGCUCAGAACAGCUGGCACAGUUCCGCAGUCUUCUGUCGAAUGCUGAAGGUGAUAGUGCUGUCCCCAUACUGCACAACAACCGACCACCUCAGCCCCUGAAGGGCAGAACAGUGAAAGCUUCAUUCUGAUGAGCCAAGAAGGAACUUAUCCUUCCUCAGGAGCACAGCUAUGCUUAUGACAUAAUCCAGCAAAAUAAUAAUUUUUAAGAAACAGAUUUACUUCCAUUCUAACAAGACAGCCUAUCGGCAAAUUUAAUCUGUAGAACUAAUCUUUAAAUUU